CGGGCACCGUGGCGCUCUUCGAGAGGCCAAAAUGCAGAUUAUUGAUAAUUGCUCCAUCAUUCCAUAGCAGUCAGCCGCCCUUGCCGCUUUUGCCCCCCACUUUGAUAAAAAAUUGCGAAUCAGCGUUGCCCCUCGUUUUCGAACGUCCUCCCAUCCUCCAUUCACCUCCAAGGAUCCCCCUCCAAAUCCACGAUUAUCAAAGAAAUCUCAGAAUGGGUGUCGAGCGAAAGAUUAUUACCCGGGGUAACGGCUCCAUCUCGCCCGCUUCGGGCGAUAAGGUCUCGAUCCACUACACCGGCUGGCUUUACGAUGCCAAGAAGGCCAACAAGGGAUUCCAGGGCAAGCAGUUUGAUAGCUCUCGGACUCCCGGUCGUGGCCCUUUGAACGUUCAGAUUGGUGUUGGACAGGUCAUUAAGGGUUGGGAUGAGGGUGUCCAGCAGAUGACUCUGGGCGAAAAGUCCAUUCUGACUAUUACCCCUGACUACGGAUACGGCGACAAGUCUGCCGGCAAGAUUCCUGCUGGCUCUACUCUGAUCUUUGAGGUCGAGCUGCUCAAGAUCAACGACAAGAGCGCUUAGAUGCAUCAUGGAAUGUUUGAGAGGAACAAUGUCAUCCAAUCCUAGCUCAUUAUGACUGUGACUCGGCUUUUUUUCUCUAGCACGAGAACGUAGAAGAAUCCAAAAAUGCUUGGUAUCAAAAUUCUUGGUAUCUAUCACGUUGUGCCGCUCGUUCCAGGUAGUAUUGGACUAGUAAUUCCAACUUUCAUUCCC